UUACCAUCUCAAGACUCUAAGCUUUGUUCCCUCACGUUCGAUAGUCUGGGAAUUAUAUUUACACAUAUAUACACUUAACACUGGUAACUUUCCUUUACUUCGUUGUUACUAUAUUAUAAGUCGAUACUACUAAAGACAAUGGCUUUAACAUCAAAACCAGACUCCAGUGUGAACUCUAUUGCUGCUGGUUCGUUUCUAAAACGUUACAGUUCGUAACACAGUUUUAUAGAACUAGUUAGACCACAUCUGGAGUGUUUCAUACAGUUCUGGUCGCCCCCAUUCUCGGAAGGAUGUCGGGGCUUUGGAGAGGGCGCUGAAGAGGUUUACCAGGACCCUGCCUGGAUUAGAGGGCAGGAGCUAUAACGAGAGGUUGGACAAACUUGUGUUGUUUUCUCCAGAGCGGUGCAGGCUGGGGUGAGAGUGGAUGGACGUUUAUAAAAUUACGAGAGGAAUAGAUAGAGUGGACAGACGAUAUAUUUUUCCUGGGGUUUGAAAUGUCUAAUACAUUUAAGGUGAGAGGUGAUGUGAGCGGCAAGUUUGCUUCUUUCCACAGACGAAUGAGUAGCUGGAUGGGAGCCUGGGUGGGGGCGGUGUCACCAAUCCUGACACGUGAUUCCGUUUGCCCCUCCCAUUUAACCGCAGGUGGGCAGCAUCUGCGCGUCUGUUUCCGAGGCCCCGCCUCCCGAUGAUGUAACAAUCUCUUCGCGCAUGUUCACAGUCUCCGGGUGGACGGUGUUAUCCUCUCCGCUCAGAGCUGAAGUGGGUCGGCUGUGUGUUCGGGAAAGACUUUCGUCUCUUCCGUCGAGAUCACUGUCUGCGGGCCGAAGAUAUCACUUUCCCAUUGUUAGACCUGCGGUGCGAGGUUUAUUGGAAGAAAAACCGCAACUGGAAGCAAACCACGACUGAAGAUGAGGGAACAGCAACAAGUGAACCAGCCCGAGGACUGAGAGCAUCAACUGGAGAGAACCCAUCUGACUCAGUGAUUCAGUCAGGAGAAAGUUUGGACUGAUUUGUAUUUCCUGAAAUGGACCUGAUUUAACCUGGAAAUGGAAAUGACUCGUCCUGUGAUAGGACAUCAGUAAAGAAAGCACAGCUUUUCCCUGUCAAUUAUCUGUUAGACCUGUGGUGAGAGAUUUAUUGGAAGAAAAACCGCAACUGGAAGCAAACCACGACUGAAGACGAGGGAACAGCAACAAGUGAACCAGCCCGAGGACUGAGAGCAUCAACUGGAGAGAACCCAUCUGACUCGGAGAUUCCAGUGAUUCAGUCAGGAGAAAGUUUGGUUAAAACUGAGAAGGAAUUCGUCUCCAGGAAGCUCAAACACGGCACACCUGUUUUGUUGUCUCUGUCUAGAUAUUUAAAAAGUGGAGCAAGGGAUCCAAUUGACCAUCCUUCCUGCUCAGACUGUGGGGAGGGAUCCUCUCGAUCAUUUGACCAACUGUCACACCUGUAAUUUACACAGGAGAAAGGCCUUUCACCUGCUCAGACAGUGGGAAUGGAUUCACUCGGUUAUCACAAUUGAAGUUAGAUCAGCAGGUUCACACACUGGACAAGGCCAUUCACCUGUUCUGUGUGUGAGAAGGGGUUCAGACAGUCUUCCCACCUGUGGACACAGCAGUCAGUUCACACCACACCGGGCAGAGGCUGGUCAUCUGCUGAAUUUCUGGGAAAGGAUUCACUCGGUCAUCUGACCUAAUGGCUCACCAGUGGGUUCACACUGGGGAGAAGCCGUUCACCUGCUCAGUCUGUGGGAAAGGAUUCACUCAGUCAUCUACCCUACUGGUACAUCAGCGAGUUCACUCUGGGGAGAAGCCUUUCACCUGCUCAGUCUGUGGAAAGGGAUUCACUCAGUCAUCCAACCUACAGAGACAUCAGCGAGUUCAUACUGGGGAGAAGCCAUUCACCUGCUCAGUCUGUGGGAAGGGAUUCACUCAGUCAUUUGACCUAAUGGCUCACCAGUGGGUUCACACUGAGGAGAAGCCAUUCCCCUGCUCAGUCUGUGGGAAAGGAUUCACUCAGUCAUCCAACCUACAGAGACAUCAGCGAGUUCACACUGGGGAGAAGCUGUUCACCUGCUCAGUCUGUGGAAAGGGAUUCACUCAGUCAUCCAACCUACAGAGACAUCAGCGAGUUCACACUGGGGAGAGGCCAUUCACCUGCUCAGUCUGUGGGAAGAGCUUCACUCAUUUAUCCAACCUAUGGAAUCAUCAGCGAGUUCACACUGGGGAGAGGCCGUUCACCUGCUCAGUCUGUGGGCAGACAUUCACUAAUUUAUUCAGCCUACAGAGACAUCAGCGAGUUCACACUGGGGAGAGGCCGUUCACCUGCUCAGUCUGUGGGCAGACAUUCACUAAUUUAUUCAGCCUACAGAGACACCAGCGAGUUCGCACUGGGGAGAGGCCGUUCACCUGCUCAGUCUGUGGGAAAGGAUUCACUGAGUCAUCUACCCUCCUGGUACAUCAGCAAAUUCACACUGGGGAGAGGCCGUUCACCUGCUCAGUCUGUGGGAAAGGAUUCACUCAGUCAUCUAACCUCCUGGUACAUCAGCAAAUUCACACUGGGGAGAAGCCGUUCACCUGCUCAGUCUGUGGGAAAGGAUUCACUCAGUCAUCUACCCUACUGGUACAUCAGCGAGUUCACACUGGGGAGAAGCCGUUCACCUGCUCAGUCUGUGGGAAAGGAUUCACUCUGUCAUCUACCCUACUGGUACAUCAGCGAGUUCACACUGGGGAGAAGCCAUUCACCUGCUCAGUCUGUGAGAAGGGAUUCAGUCAGUCAUCUGCCCUACAGGCACAUCAGCGAGUUCACACUGGGGAGAAGCCGUUCACCUGCUCAGUCUGUGGGAAGGGAUUCACUCGGAACGGAUAUCUGCAAGGCCAUUUUCGAGUUCACACCGGGGAGCGGCCGUUCACCUGCUCAGACUGUGGGAAGGGAUUCACGUUGUCAGCUCAUCUGCAAGCACACCAGUCAGUUCACACUGGGGAAAGGCCAUUCACCUGCUCGGACUGUGGGAAAAGAUUCACUUCAUCAUCUCAACUUAAGAUACAUCAGCGAGUUCACACUGGGGAGAGGCCGUUCACAUGCUCGGACUGUGGGACGGGAUUCACAUUGUCAACUCACCUACUGAGACACCAUUCAGUUCACACUGGUGAGAGGCCGUUCACCUGCUCAGACUGUGGGAAAAGAUUCACUUUGUCAUCUCAACUUAAGGUACAUCAGCGGGUUCACACUGGGGAGAGGCCGUUCACUUGCUCAGACUGUGGGAAGGGAUUCACUCAGUCAUCCUACCUACAAGCACACCAGUCAGUUCACACUGGGGAGAGGCCAUUCGCCUGCUCGGACUGUGGGAAAGGAUUCACUUCAUCAUCUCAAUUUAAGGUACAUCAGCGAGUUCACACUGGGGAGAGGCCGUUCACCUGCUCAGAAUGUGGGAAAGGAUUCAGUUCAUCAUCUAACCUCAAAGUGCAUCAGCGAGUUCACACUGGGGUGAGGCCGUUCACCUGCUCAGAAUGUGGGAAGGGAUUCACUCAGUCAUCCAACCUACGGAGUCACCAGCGAGUUCACACUGGGGAGAAGCCGUUCAUCUGCUCAGACUGUGGGAAAGGAUUCAGUUCAUUAUCUAACCUUAAGUUACAUCAGCGAGUUCACACUGGGGAGAGGCCGUUCAUCUGCUCAGAAUGUGGGAAAGGAUUCACUUCGUCAUCUAAUCUUAAGCUACAUGAGCGAGGUCACAGUGGGGAGAGGCCAUUCACCUGCUCAGACUGUGGGAAGGGGUUCAGGUCGUCAUCUCACCUACUGAAACACCAAUUAGUACACACUGGUGAGAGGCCAUUCACCUGCUUGGACUGUGGGAAAAGAUUCACUCAGUCAUCCCACCUACAAGCACAGACAACAGACUGCCGGUUUGACCCCCAAUGUGGUGAAUCCCUCUGCUCGCCACCAUUCCAUCUUUCCAAUAAAAUGCACCCCUGCUGGGUUGAUUCCCUCCGUCCCUGGGGAGUCAGCAACAAGCCGAUUCGCCAAGUGUUCUCCUCCUACCUCUCGGCGAUACAUCAGACUCAGGCCGCAGGGGACGCUUCAGAAGCGCCCCCAACUUCCCUCGGAAUGAAGCGGAAAGAAAUCAAAAAGCGGGAUAUUUACUUUGAGGUUUAUCCCGCCGAGGAAGCGGGGGAGACGAUCUCUCGGCUGUUUCACCUGUAA